UUUUAAGGACUAGUAGAAAUACCUGAUUAUCCAAAUUUUUACCCAAAAAUAAGAGAAAAUAAUUUUUUUGCUACUGUUCCUCUACUUGACCCACCUCUAGUUGCUUUUUAAUUGUGAAAUUAUAACCUUAACCUUCGCAAUUUUUAAUUUCAUCAAUCAUCAUUUUUUUAUCAACCGAACAUUAUGGCCUUAACCGAAGAAGCAUCGAACAAAGUAUUCGGGGGUUACCAAAAGGUGUUCUCCCACGACUCCAAAGAAGUGGGAUGCCGAAUGAGAGUCGGAGUGUACUUACCACCGCAAGUAGAGGAAAAUAAAAAAUUACCCGUCAUCUACUGGCUGUCGGGCCUAACCUGCAGUGAAGCCAACUUCAUUGAGAAAUCGGGAGCCCAAAAAUACGCUGCAGAAUAUGGAGUGAUCAUCGUUAACCCCGAUACAUCUCCGAGAGGUCUGAAUUUACCCGGUGAUAGCGAGAGUUGGGACUUCGGAGUUGGAGCCGGAUUUUACGUCAAUGCCACACAAGAACCUUGGAAGAAGAACUACAGGAUGUUCAGUUACGUUACCUCCGAAUUGCCCAAGUUAAUCAGCGACAAUUUCCCAGUGGCUGAAGGCUUGCAGUCUAUAAUGGGUCACAGCAUGGGCGGUCACGGUGCAUUAAUAUGCGCGUUAAAAAAUCCUGGAAUGUACAAAUCGGUGUCCGCUUUCGCCCCGAUUUGCAACCCCUCGGCGUGUCCUUGGGGAAUAAAAGCAUUAACAGGUUACUUGGGAUCGCAGGAAGCUGCUAAGUGGUCUGAUUGGGAUUCAACCGAACUGGUUAAAAAAUACAAUGGACCUCCGCUAGAAUUGUUACUCGAUCAAGGAUUAGAAGACAAUUUCCUUAAAAGCGGCCAACUUUUGCCGGAGAAUUUAAUGGAAGCAUGCAAAUCUUCGGGGGUGCCAGCGAUUUUGAAAAAACGGGAAGGUUACAAUCACAGUUACUUCUAUAUAGCUUCUUUUAUAGGAGAACAUAUCAAAUACCAUGUUGAGCAUUUGUUAUCGAAAAAGUUAUAAAUCGAAGGUUGUUUUAAACAAUUCUUAACAAAUAUAUAAUUUUGUUUUG